UUUUGUGAAACUGUUCAGUUGGAGCCAGGCGAAGAUGAUGUCUACAUCGCUGCUCCUGCUGGCAAUAUCGCUGACACUAUUUUUAUUAGUGGGGGCUGACAGAAAUUGCAACAAACUUCUUUCUGGAAAAACAAUUUCAUUCGAUGCCAUUGGGGAUAUUGAAAAAAAAGGCCCUGUCGAGAUCUUUACAAAUCAUUUGGAAGAUGAACCCUACAUACUGUACAGGUUUACAGAUUCUAUUGUGAUCGCAUCGUCUAAGAAAGGCCCUAUCGUUACUGUUAAUAUGUACUUGAAUAUAGAUUCACAAUUUUACGCCUUCCUCAAUACACGAAAGAGCAAGGAAUAUUUGUCUAUUGGAUUCUCAUGGUCUAUAAGUGAAUGGUGCAGGUAUGAUAUUUGUGUCAGUUGCAAUGGCAAAGAUCGGAAACCAACUGUAAACCGGGAUAAACGACCAGACGUUGACUUCUUCAAGUGGUCCAAGGAAAGAGAUUUAGUUUUUCCUCGUUAUACAACCGAUUAUAUGACUACUGGAAUUAGCGCAGAGUAUGUGAGCGUUGGAAGUCCGAAAAUUGUGUUGAGCUGCUACAACCAAUACCGGGAGAUAAGACUGCGAACUCCAAUAGGACAUCAAAUAGCAUCAAUCGAUGGUAUUAGUUGUUCUGAAGCAUUGAAACAAACACUCACCAUUAUGGCGCUAAAAAAAGACUUAUCUGCUAGGGAGAUUUUUCAUAUCGGUGAAAGAAGAAAGCAUCGUGAUUUCUCUUGGAUGUACAAUAAGGACGAUUUCAGAACGGUUGUGUUUACUAAAUUAAAUUCUCCGUCAAAGAACUCUUACUGGAAAAGGAUCCCUAACGAGACUCCUAAUACCUGCCCAUUUCUAAAAGUUCAAGAAAUGGUUUCGGCACAUGAAGAAUACAAAGUUGGUCUUCAUAAAAACACCCUGACAUUAGUGGCAGUCUACAGAUUACCGUCUAAGUUGGUUCUCGAAUGCUACAAAGCUUCAAAACAGGAAGAUUCGACAUUUUAUUCGGUGUUCUCCGAUGCAGGAAAAACCCAUGCUGUAACUAUUAAAAUGUUUGAUUGUUCGUCAAAAGAUAAUUUUUUCAAAACAUUAUUUGUUGAAAGAAUCAACUUUGAUGAAAAUAAUUGGGUGACUGUAGUAGGAAGUCGAAGAUCGGAAAAUGAUGAAUGGUGUUCUUACAGUAUUACACCAAAAAGAAUAAGUUAUGGGACAACAACACCAUUUGAUGCUUGGGUCUACUAUGACUACAAGCCUAAGGAUGGCCAUUGGAAUGAGAUUUCUGCAGACAAACUCUACACAUCGCUUGAAGUUACAGCCAAAAACAUAAAAACAUCCUAUGAUUUCCUGCCUGAAGCCGAACCAGUUGCAAGAUAUCUAUCGUUAAAGUCGAAGCACUUUGUGGAAGAUUACAAGUUUCUGGAAUGCUAUUUAGAAAAUGAACGACAUGUUGGAGUUAUAAAGUCUUCGAAAAAUAAAGUUAUAGUUUCAAUAACAGGUUUUCCCUGCGAGUCGAAUUCGGACUUGGAUAUAAAAUCGUAUAUACAUUUCGUAUAUAACAAAAGAGAGAGAGAAAAUUACGUUACGAUAGGAAGUCGUGAAACUGCCGAAGACCAUUGGUUCUGCUACAAUAUGUGUUUAGAUUGCCAAACACGGACGAGAAAACACAAGACUUACAUCUUGGGAUGUGAACCCGACAUUAAAAAUAUUGUUAAGUGGUCACAGGCUGCCGUCCCUUGGAAACGAGUUGAUGACACAAGUUAUGAUGAUGAAGACGACAUUAGUAAUCAUUACUUCGAACCAUCUAAUAAUAUUAUAAUUAUGGAUCUGUCCAAAAAUGGCUAUAUACUCAGAAAUUCAUUAGGAACCCAUUUUUCACCCAUAGUUUUAAAAGAUCUGAGUUCUAUUAAAGUAUACAUGGGAUUCUUUGAGGAAAAAAAAGAAAAAAAGGAAUAUGGUUACAUGGAUUGUAAAGAUCGAUUUACGUGUAUGGAACAGCUGACGAGAGAUGACAAGAAAAUUUGGCUUUUUUAUUACGAGUUUCAUCAAAGUGACGCAUUGAACCGAUACAACUACUACUCUUUCGAGAAAUACGAUAAUGAACACAGCAAAGGUUGUCAGUCUAUUAUAGAUAGAAAGAAAUUAGGAAAAUGCAAAACAUUUGGACACGAGCUAUGUUCUGAUGAGGAUAUUGUGACUUACACAACAAACUUCAACCCAGGACUCACACUGAGUUGUUGCACAAAGGAAAACACAGCUGUUGUUGAAAAUGAUUUCUUGACAUUGAAGGACUUUGAUUGUUCAAGUAAGGUUAACAUAAAGAAUUUACUCAUGUUUACCUCCAGCGCGGAGAAAGUAAACAAGGAACUAAUUUAUGGAGUAAGAAAAGGAGACAAAGUGUGUUGGCACAAUAUGGUCAGAACUACAGAAAAACUUUAUACUAAUGUUCUCAUCAACUACGAACCUAAGGUUGAUCCACCGCAUCAGUGGUACGAGGAUGAUUCAAAAAAUUGCCCUUUUGACACAAAGAAGGACAUACUUUUUAAGAAAGUACCUGAACUCAAGAACACACAAGAAUCGAGCAAAAAGAAAAUAACAUACUUAGCCAUGAUUGAAAAAUUCACAGUAAAGUUAGAAUGCUACGAAGACAAUGACGGAAAGUAUUAUUCUUCAGAAAUCCUACUGAGAGGAGAAGAUUUGGUUUUAUUUUCCGUUGAAGUUAAACGAUUGGAAUGUUCAUCUAAAAGCGAUCUUCAAAAGUUGCACGUGUCUUCAUGGAAAGGACUCUCUGAAGAUUACUUGUCUGUUGGAAUCCAGGUUGGGCCGAGGUGGUGUCGUUACGACGCAUGCGUCACUUGCAAGUCGCAAAACUUCAGACUUAACAUUGACGAAGCUAAGCCAAAGGAGGAAACGCGGUGGUCAGAGCCAGGCUUUACAAUCACAAGUCGGCCAAUAUUAUUCACUCAUGAAAAAGAUUAUUUUGACGGCAAGGAGCUAAAAAAAAAGGACUUCAAAAAAAUGUUUUAUUCAGAUAUGUCCGUAAGAUUUCUGAUUCGUUGCUACAAAAUUGAAAACAGCUACAUUUCUGUAAUUGCCUCUCCUAGCGGAGUCAGAUUUGGGACAAUAACAGGCAUAAAUUGUUUACAAAACCAAUUUAACAAGUAUAAGGUUGUUACUACUAAGGGUAACAAAUGGAUACCCUCCGAAGACAGAUUAAAUUAUGGGAAUCGUCUGAUUGAACCAUUUUGCUGGUAUUAUGGGUGUGACGAAGAAAAGGACCCAAAUGAGAAUGUCAUGAUAUUCUUUUUCUUUUGGCCCGAAGAAUCAACGGGAUCUUUACAGGACACUAAUGGGGAAAUACAACCAACCACUAAACCUGGAUGGCGUAUCGUAGAGUCUCCGUUCGAGCCUUUACAACCAGAAGACGAAGACAACCCUGCAAAUGACCAAACCCAGAAUCAGGUCUCAGCACUUACAACACAGACACAACGACAGUCAUUACAGGAAACUGGACAUCUCCAGAACAAUAACAUAGAAGGCAAGAAUAUUAUUAAAAGUAUGGAAAUAAUACUGGAAGACAUUAGUACAGCGUCAUGGGCUCUGGUAGCAAUGUACAAACAGAAAUACGCUCCUCGAUUUGUACUACUUUGCCAACGAUCAUCGGACAACAAAUACUACUCUAGUGUGUUCAGUGACGAAGUUCACGUUCUUACAAUAGCAAAUCAUGAUUGCACCCCCAAGGGAGACUCUCCAUCUGAAUCAAUAAUUGUUACAAUCGAUAAAAGAGACAAGACAAGUGGAGAAGAGUAUGUCUUUGUAAAAUCAUCAGCCAAUGCCUGGUUUAGCGUUUGUAGAAAAUGUAAGGGAGUUACCUAUCUUCCUGCUUAUAACGCCUGGGAAAAUUCAAAAUGGAAUCAGGAGCCUAUAAUGGAAGGAUGCACACUGAAAAAAAACCAUAUACUCAGAGGGAACCAAGUAGGCAUACGGAAAGAUAAACUAGUCGCCAGAUACAUCAGUGACGAUGGACUCUACAAUCUCAAUUGCUAUGAAAGUAGUAACAAGGAACAUGUAUUGGACAUAAGAUCAGGAGAAACAUCAGCCAUUCAUAUUACAGGAUUAGACUGUUCUAAGGACGUGAAUUCAGUAUUUUAUUUCGCAUCCAGUUAUCCAGGCACUUAUACUGUAGGAGCGCCCUUAGCGGAGUCCCCCCAAAACGGCAGACAUUUCAAACUGGAAACCCCUUGGUGUCUCUACAACGCCAGGAUCCACUAUUUCUUCGUUUUUUUAACCAAAAUCGAACCGGCGUUCUAUGAUAAAGACCUGACAAAAAUUAAAUGGACCGAGGUGUCAUUAGAUUUUAACUUGCUGCUGAAACAGAAAGACAUACUUUUGGAAGAAGAUAAGAUAACUGUAAAAGAGAGUGAUCUUAAAGCCGUAUACCUAAGUAAAUAUUCUGACAGUGGACGGAGUAACCAUUACACCAUGUUGUGUUACAAAAGUGGACUUUCGGAACAAAUAUCUGUCAUCAAACAACUUGGAUCCUUCAAACUAGCUGUCAAAGGACUGGAUUGUUCGUCCUUGUCCAGCUUACAAUCAUCUUUCUUCUUAUCACUUGAUUCUGACUACAUGAAAAUGACUGUAGGGUUCAUUCGGCCGGAAAUCACCGAGAAACAAAUCUGGUGUCAGUAUGACGUAAAUUUUCAUGGAACUAAAACUGUUACUCCAGCUGGUCCGCAACAAAUUAAUAAAGAAGAGGUGGUUUGGUUGGAUCCAACUAAGUCUACCCAAAAUAGAGAGACCAAAAACAAAGACGACGUAGUUGUUACAGCGAGUGGUAUCACAAUAGAAGACAACACCGGAUCGAUGGUUUUGGUAGCAAAGUACAAACAAGAGAAGUAUACAGUACUGACACUACUUUGCCUACGGUCAGAACAAAACAAAUACUACCUUAGUUUGUUCGACAACAACAAUCACAUUUUGACUGUAAAUUACGAUUGCUCCGGGUUUUCAUCUUAUUUAUCACCAUCUAAUUCAUUGACGAUUGCUGUUGAUAAAAAUGAUAAAACAAAUGGCAAAGAAUUUGUCUUCAUAAGGAUUCGUGAUAACUGGUUUAGUGUCUGUAGAGUUUGUAAGUCAGUUACUCAUCUGCCCCUUUACAACAACGGGGAACAUCUUAAAUGGAAAAAGGAGCUUAUAAUAGAAGGAUGCCCACUGAAAGCUGCUGAUAUAUACGUAGAAGAAAACAAGUUAGCAGUACAGAAAGAUAAACUAGUCGCCAGAUACAUCAGUGAGCAAAAUGGCUAUAAUAUAUAUUGCUAUAAAAGUGAAGGAAAGGAACAUAUAUUGGUCAUAAAGCAAAAAACCCGAUUUAUAAUAUCUAUUAAAGGAUUAGAUUGUUCGUAUUCUAAGGAUGUGAAUUCCAUUUUUCUUUUCGAACAUCGAGACGUGAAUCUGAUGAUGGUAGGGGCAACCUUACCGGUGUCCCCUCAAAACGGCAGACGUUUGAAACUGGAACAUCCUUGGUGUGUCUACAAAGUCCAUUUGGGUGUGCGAUCCAACGACAUCGUACCGGCAUUCUAUGACAAACCCGCAGAGAAUGUGAAAUGGAUUGAGGAGAGUGAAUGCCGUGCAAUAAAAUUAAAAGACAUAUCUAGAUCGGACGUAAAAACUACCGGUAGAGUAAAAGCUACAUAUUACAACGGAAGAUCGAAUCGUUUUCGACUGAGCUGUUAUGGAAACACGUUAAGAAAACACGCUAUCCUCAGUAUAAACAGUUACGAAAUUAAAAUCGAUUUGGACUGUGCAUCGGUCGACAAAAUAGAUGACAUAUUUCUUGCUGACGAAGAUGAAGGCUCCAGGGACAUCAUUAUUGGAAGUAGACCAUCCCCCACUUCAUAUUGGUGUUACUAUGCAAUUCCACGUGAAAAAGAUAAAGACAUUAAACUAGAAGGCGAACGAGAUCCAAGCGUCUUGCUCUCUCGAUGGUACAUGGGUGAUCAAGCAGAGUGUCCCAGCGUUUCACGGGCCAACAUAAUUACAAUCUCUUUAAACGUAGAAACAAUUAGUAAAACCCUUGUAUCUACAUACUCAGUUGAUGUCAGGAAAGAAAAGGAGGAAGAACUACAAACGUUUAUACUUCAAUGUUAUCGUAGAAAUGAUAUCGACGCCAAAUACAUAUUGACGAUAGCAGAACGGAAAAAAAGUAAUGCCAAAAAUCGAUACCGUGAAAAACUGCCUUUUGAGGAUAACAUUGUAUUUUUAGCAGCAUUCAAUGAUUUCGACUGCGCUCCUGAAUCUAAUCGCCCUUUACACGAAAAAGUGUACAUGUUCACAUUCAAAGACGGGUCAAAGAACAUUUUGUCUUUUAGAAGUAGAGUUGACACUGACAAGUGGUGCCAGUACGAUAUUUGUGUAGAGAAGUGUCCGAAACCGAACCUGGUAUUCUUGAAAUAUGCUGCCAACCCAGGAGGGUUUGAAUCAAUCAAGGAAGGGGUCUUGAUGGAUAAAAACCCUUCAUUCAAGGAUCAAAGAUUAGUUGAGGACGACUCAAGCUUUAAAGAAAAGAAAUUUGAAGUUAAAAGAUACUUUAAAAAACAUUCCAAAACGUCAGUAAUACAAUACAUCAUCCUUGAAUGCUACAAAAUUAGUGAUCCAAAAUCAUCAAGAGGAGUUACAACUUUCUUCGGGAUAAUUAAAACCACGCAAGGACUUAUUUUGGCAAAAGUAAAAGCCUUAAACUGUUUUGAUGAUUUAAAUAUAUUUAAAAUCGUUUUGAGUUAUGUUAUGAUAAAGAAAGGUGAUGGAAGCGGAGCGUCUCUUGAUCUGGACUUCACAACCCCACCAGAACUUGGCCAAAAGUCUUGGUUCUACGGAAGUGCAACUGCAGAUACUGAAGUUAUUUUGUUCAUGGAAAAGUCAAAAAGUCCUCAUUAUAAUUUAUGGAGCAUGAUUCGCGAUGGUGAUGAUACAUGUCCUACAAUUCAUUAUACAAAUGAACGAGAUAUUGGAACUCUCCUACCAGAACAUGAAUUGGUUGCAGAAUAUGAAUUUACGCCUGAUCCAAACAGUGGCCUCACUAAAAAGCUUACACUAAAAUGCUACGAAAAGUCCAUUAUGAGACCUAAUGAAAAAGAUCAAACGGAGCGUCAGUUUUAUUUGCAAGUUCUUAAAGAAGACACGUCCUCCUUAGGCAUCAUACAGAAUGUUCGAUGCGAUUCUCUAAGCACACUUCGUGAUUUUAACGUGAAAGAACACAAUGAACACGACGUUAAAUUGAUUAUUUUUACGGUCAAAAUCACAUGUCCUGCUACAUUCUACUCUUUGAUAUCUUGUGAAAAUUGUGAGGUGAAAAACUGGAAAUAUUACGAUUGGGGAAAUUCCUACAGUAAAAGCGAUCAAUGGAAAAUGCUACCCACUGCAUUUUGUAAAGAAUUCCAAGAAAAAAACAUACAUUUGGAUGACCAAGUCAGAGAUGGUGUAAGAAAACACAACUCACUAAUAAAUUAUAGUAAGGAGAAUGAAAGCACGUUCUUGAUGACUUGCUUUAAGAUUGCUGAUGGUAAAUUUACUACACGUGUACAAAAAGUGGAUGGGACGCACGUUGUUUCGAUAACCUCUAUUGACUGCUCGUCACCCGAAACGUUCAAUGAAUACAAUCUGUCUGAGAAAACAAAAAGGAUGUAUACUUAUGUUCAGAAAAAUGGUGGGAAAACAUAUUUCACUUUUAUAACUCAAGACGAAAAAUUUACUCAAACGGAAAAUUGGUGCCGUUAUGACGUUUGUGUUGAGUGUCAAAGUAAAGAGAUUAUUAGCAUGGUAGACACCAAAUCUGCCUAUUAUGGCGGGGAGAUGAAGUGGCAGAAUGGAAUAGACGUGUCCUCGGACCCCAAAACUGAAAACCGGGAUUUGUCUGAAGGAAAACUGUUUUCGAAGCAUGUUAACAUUGAGAAUAAUGAUUACAGUAUGGAAUGUUAUGAGGUAAAUUGGGAAGAGGGAAAGUCAGCAUUUGAGACAAUCGUAAAGGGGCCAAAUGGAUACCUCUUCAGUGUUAAUAGAUUUGCAUGCGAUUUAGUCGUGAAAGUGGUGUAUUUACAUACCAAAUAUAACGACCGUUCGUACAGCCUAGUCAGACUAAACCAAAAACAGAAAAUAACUGAAGAAAUGAAAACCGCACAGGAGAAGACAGUCUUCAUAUUUGACGAGGAGUUGAUGAGCAAUGAGCUGGAGUGGAAGCUGGUUUCCAAUCUAAGGUUGUCAAUGUUGAAUUUCAUGGACUUUACUGGAGCGAAGGUUGGUAGGAAAUGAAGGCCUUAAACUAACCGACUUACUGAUCCCUAGGGCAAAAGAUAGUGGUCAAAAACAAUCCAACUGUAAUGCAGACAAUAUAAUGCAAAUGAUAAUAA